AUGGUUCAUGUCGAACAGAAACUUCAAGUGCCUCGGGACUUUGAGGGGUUCGGCGAGGAGGGGUUUGACCCGAAAUGGCCCAAUGGUGCUCGUAUUGCAGUAUCAUUCGUCCUCAACUACGAGGAAGGAGGUGAGCGCAGCAUCUUGGAUGGUGAUGCUUUCUCGGAACCAUACCUGUGGGAAAAGGGCGCAUCAGGGGGCUACAAAGACGGCGCUAGGUACUUGAACGCCGAACAAGACUUUGAAUACGGAAGUCGUUCAGCAUCAUGGCGUCUCAUUCGGCUCUUUAAAGAGUUUGGGUGGAACUUCACCACUUAUGCAGUGGCGUACGCUCUUAAGCGCAACCCAACCUUUGCGAAGGCUCUUGUCCGGGACGGACACGAGAUUGCUUGCCAUGGACUGAGAUGGCUAGAUAUCUGGAACUACUCAUUGGAAGAAGACAAGGAGUACAUCAAGCAAAACAUAUUGAUGUUGAAAGAAGUUUCAGGCGAGAUGCCAGUUGGCGCCUACUUUGGCCGCGGAACGCCCAACACACCAUCCUUGUUCCCAGAGGUCUGGAAGAGCCUUGGGGGCGAAUUUCUGUGGUCUUCGGAAUGCUACAAUGACGAUGUCCCUUAUUGGCUCGACUUGCCUUGGGAGGAAGACCUGCCAGAGGACAAGAGGGAGGGGAUGCUUCUCAUCCCUUACAACUACGAUUGUAACGACGGAAAGUUUCAUAUGUCGCCAGGAUUCGGAAGCUCCGUGGCCGAAACAUACGAGCAGUACUUGAAGAACACUUUCGACUGCCUCUACCGAGAAGGAGGCAAAAUGAUGAAUAUUCCUUUACAUACGCGCAUCAUAGGUAAGCCAGGCAGAUCGGAGGCAUUGAGAAAGUUCAUGAAGUACGUUGCGGAAAAGGAAGGUGUAUGGGUUACGACGAGACGAGACAUUGCGAAGCACAUGAGAUCCCACUUCCCAUACAAACCUAACAGGGAGUGGAUGAAGGACGCAUGA